AUGGCUGCUGUUCCGAUACCCUCAAACAUUUUACCAGCAGAUGGAAGCCCUGACUGGUUGAAUAGAGCAGACAAUGCAUGGCAGCUUGUGGCAGCAACACUGGUGGGUCUGCAGAGUGUUCCAGGGCUGAUAAUCUUGUAUGGUGGAGCAGUGAAGAAGAAAUGGGCAGUGAACUCAGCAUUCAUGUCACUGUAUGCUUUUGCAUGUGUGUUUUUCUGUUGGGUUGUGUGGGGAUACAGAAUGUCCUUUGGUGACGAACUUGUCCCUUUCUGGGGUAAGCCUGCCAUGUCACUUGAACAGGACUAUCUCUUCAAGAAGGCCUUUUUGGGGGCCAUCCCUAAUGCCACAAUGGUGUAUUUCCAGUGUGUCUUUGCAGCCAUUACUCUGAUUCUCAUUGCUGGGGCUCUGUUGGGACGCAUGAACUUCUAUGCUUGGAUGCUGUUUGUGCCUUUGUGGCUCACUUUCUCUUACACUUUCACAGCUUUCAGCAUAUGGAGUACCAGUGGCUUUUUGUCCAAAAUGGGGAUAAUAGACUACUCAGGUGGAUAUGUCAUCCAUUUGUCUUCUGGGGUUGCUGGUUUCACAGCAGCAUAUUGGGUUGGACCAAGGCUGAACAAGGACAGGGAAAGGUUUCCUCCAAACAACCUGCUUCUGAUGUUGGCAGGUGCAGGGCUGUUGUGGAUGGGGUGGACAGGGUUCAACGGAGGAGAUCCAUACAUAGUGAAUUCAGAUGCUUCCCUUGCCGUCCUCAACACCCACGCUUGUACUGCCACCAGCUUGCUCAUUUGGGUUUUACUUGAUGUCAUCUUCUUCCGGAAGCCUUCUGUCAUUGGAGCUGUUCAAGGCAUGAUCACUGGUUUGGUCUGCAUUACCCCUGCUGCAGGAGUUGUACAGGGAUGGGCAGCACUUUUAAUGGGAGUGUUCUCUGGCUCAAUUCCUUGGUUCACAAUGAUGGUGGUCCACAAGAGAUCAAAGCUACUGCAGAAGGUUGAUGACACAAUGGCAGUGUUCCACACACACGCCAUUGCAGGAACCCUAGGAGGACUCCUCACUGGACUCUUUGCCGAGCCAAGACUUAACAGAUUGUUCUACGGUGUUCCUGGAAAUUACGUUGGUCUGUUCUAUUCUUUCCAUCAAAACUUAUUCAACACCGGGUUGAGGCAAAUGGGGAUCCAAAUCCUUGGGAUUCUCUUUGUGAUCGUUGUCAAUGUUAUCAGCACAAGCUUGAUUUGCCUCUUCAUUAGACUUUUUGUUCCUCUCAGAAUGUCUGAAGAGGACAUGGAGAUUGGUGAUGAAGCUGCUCAUGGGGAAGAGGCUUAUGCCAUCUGGGGUCAGGGUGAUAAGCUUGAAAAUUCAAGUUCUAAGUAUGGGAGUUCAUUGUAUGAUGAUAUUGAAUCUGGGGCACCCAAGAAGAAACGUGGUGGCACAGUUGAAAUGAUGUAA